ACCCCUUCCGUCCUUUACUAACGUCCUCUCUUUCUGAUUCCUGCCAGCCAGUUACGUGGAUGAGUUCUCACCUGCUGACAGAGCCAGGUGUCUCUUUUGUGAUCCAGUGGCUCUCUGGAAGGUGCCAAAGGUGGAGAACGCCCCAGCUCCGGUGUCGGGGCCCGUUGUGCGCAGCGACAAUACGCCUUGCGGGGACACGAAGGGAUAUGUGGCAGCUGAGCACUUUGUGGGGUGACGUGCCAGACCCGACGCCCCCCAGCUCCCCCAUCGCGCAGAGCCCCUCCAGCAGGUCACCUCUAAAUGGUGCUGGUUUGGGGAUGGUCCCAGGUGCUGUUUCGGGGGUGGUCGCAGCUAACAACAGCUGUACCCCGCUCUCCAUCCCCCCGCCUCGGCCCUAACCCGCUGUGAAUGGCACCGAAACCGCCCCUGUGCCCCUCCCCGGGGUGGGGGGGGAAGGACCGCGCCGCCCGCGGCGAUAAAAGGGGGCGGCGGCGCCGAGCGGCCCCGGCCCCAUCCCCGGCCAUGGGCCGCCCCGCCGCCGCCGCGCUGCUCUGCCAGCUGGGGCUCUCCGCGGCCAUCCAGUGGCUCGGGCUGACGGAGAUCGGCAGCGGGGUGGCCUGGAAUGAGAGCCACCACUGCCGGCUGCUCGCCGGGCUGGUGCCCGACCAGAUCCAGAUGUGCCGCAGGAACCUGGAGGUCAUGCACAGCAUCGUCCGGGCCGCUCGCCAGACCAAGAGCGUCUGCCAGAAGACCUUCACAGACAUGAGGUGGAACUGCUCCUCCAUCCAACGUGCCCCCAGCUUCGGCCCUGACCUGCUGAAAGGAACUCGGGAAUCUGCCUUCGUCUAUGCGCUGGCUGCCGCCGCCGUCACGCACUCCAUCGCCCAAGCCUGCACCUCGGGAGAGCUCCCUCUCUGCUCCUGUGGCUCCGUCCCCUCGGAGGUCCCCGGGCCGGACUUCAGAUGGGGUGGCUGCGGGGACAACCUGCGCUAUGGCCUCCAGCUCGGCGCCGCUUUUGCUGAUAGUCCCUUAAAAUCCAGCAAGCUGGGGACACAAGCGCUCAAGGCCAUGAAUCUGCAUAACAAUGCGGUGGGCCGGCAGGUGUUGAGUGACUCCCUGGAUACCAAGUGUAAAUGCCAUGGUGUUUCAGGCUCCUGUUCAGUGAAGACCUGUUGGAAGGGACUGCCAAACCUGGAUGAAAUUGCCUCUGACCUCAAGUCCAAGUACCUGGCAGCCAUCAAGGUGACCCACCGGCUUGUAGGGCCCAGGAAGCAGCUGAUACCUAAAGAAAUGGAUGUCAGGCCAGUGAAAGAGACGGAUCUGGUUUAUCUCAUCAACUCGCCUGACUACUGCACACCAAAUCUCCACCUGGGGUCUCUGGGGACACAGGAUAGGCAGUGCAACAAGACCUCCGUGGGCAGCGACAGUUGCAACCUAAUGUGCUGUGGCCGCGGCUACAAUGCCUACACGGAGGAGGUGGUGGAGCGGUGUCACUGCAAGUAUCACUGGUGCUGCUAUGUGGUGUGCAAGAAGUGUCAGCGGAAGGUGGAGAGAUACGUCUGUAAAUAACGCCAGAGGCGUCACGGCAGGCAGGAGGACUCCUGUGCUGGUACCACCCUCCAGGGCAUAGCUGGAGACCGAAUGCCAACCACAAGGGAUGCUCUCAGCUACGGCAAGAAGGGGGCUAUGCGGGAAGCCGGGACUCUCGCAUUACCAUGGAAGACCUCAAACUGAGAGAUGCCGGGAAGCCUAAGACCAGAGGCCAACCUCUGCUCCAUCUCUCCAGAGCAAGACAAAGGGCUGCUCUCCUGCAGCUGAUCAGGAGUGUCCAGCCCUCUAUCUCCAGCUGGGGACAAACCAUUUAUCACUCUGCAUACACAGGCCCUUUUCUCCCGGGGUGAAUGGGGACCCUGGGCUGCCAUUGUCUCUUCGCAGGAGGUUUCUGACAGUGGCCUGAAAGCCAGGAGUGAUGGAUGGGGAGGAGGGAGAGAGUUGCCCAUUGGGAGAAGGCUGCAGGGCAAGGGGGUCAUGGGCACCUCCUCUGGGGACACGUUUCUGCUGGGGGUUCACCCAACACCACUGAAUGUUUCUCCUCAGGGGUUCGUCCACUGGUCCAGUGCCUUUUUCAGCAUCUGAAAUGAAGACCAGGCUUGGACACAGGCAGAACUGGUUAAUCCUCCCCACGAGCUGCAUGGAGAUUGCCGCUGCUCUCACUGAUUGUGGCACACAGACAUGGGGACAGGAGUGGUCCCAGAGGCUGCCGAAACAGGGCAGCGUGGCAAAACCUCACCUAGAAGCCUUGUAUUAACAGGGCAGCCACGGCAGCACUGUAGCUUCUGCCCUCUGGGCUUGUGUUGGAGGUGGAAGCCCACUCAACGUGUGGCAUACCCGUAGCUUGUCCUUCCUGCCCCUUCUUCUAGAUCACUAAGGUCUUCAGCCCAU